AGCUCAGCGAGAUGCAACAGCUCUCCAGGAGAAAAAGAAAGGCUUCUGCCAUGGCUGGCUGAAAACAUAAGGGCUUGGUUGGAGAAACAGCCCCUGAUUUUUGAGUCACUGCUCACACAUCCUGCCCUGUUCCAGCACUUCCUCGUUCACAGCAGCAGCUCCUUGCUGCAGCACGUUUGGAUCUCAGCACACGCAGAGGGAAUAGAGAGAUUCCACAAAGGAUGAGGAGCCUAUAGAGCAAUGGCCUCCUAUGGAAGCUGAGCAUUCCUAAACAGCCACCAAAACAUCCAGGUGACAGGACACUGCCUGCACAUGUCAAUGACUGAGCUUUGGUUCAACAGGGACACAAGUGGCAGCUGAAGGGUCUGGUGAAGCUCCUGACAGGCACAGAUUCCCAAGGGUUGGGAGGCACAAAAAUGAAAUGGGAGACUGCUCUCUGGAUGAUUGCCUGCCUACUGCUUGCAUCUCUUCCCAGAGGUCAGCUGGACACCACAUGCCAUGCAUUUGUUGGAGAAACUGUGGUUUUGCCUUGCACCACCACCCCUCCUGGAGACCUGACCCUUGCCAAGUCAAUGCUCUAUUGGCAGAUUGGCACGAAGAUAGUGCACUUCUUUCAGAAAGGGCAGGAUUCACUGAAGGCCCAGGACGAACAUUUCCAUGGCAGAACCAGUCUUUUUCUGGACCAGAUGAAGCACGGCAACCUUUCCUUAAAGAUCUCCAAUGUCCAGUUAGAGGACAAUGCAGAAUACACCUGCAUCUACAGACAGACCGGGGGUCAUGAAACAAAGAAAUCUAAAAUUAGACUCAAUGUAUCAGCUCCAGCUCCAUCUAGGAUUGAGGACCCACCUUCCCCUUCUGGGCAGAGUCAGAUUUGCUCUGGAAGCCCCAUGGAUGUGCCACGUCUGGCUAUGCUUCCCUUCUCUUUCCUCCUCCUGGUCCCCCUGGGGGUUUGGCACUUGUGACUGGGGAAGCCAACCUUGUCUUCAGGAAGUUCUCCUCACCAGAGGACCUUUCUGGUCUGUGGGGUCAGUGUGACACCUGUUCCAGAGCUACAGGGAAGAAACGCCAAGAGCUGAGAACACACCAAGCAUUAGGUGUUUACGUCCCACAUUCUGGUGUUCCACAAAACCAAGGGCAGCAAAACUCUGAGGUGGCAAGUCUGCUUUUGCAUUUGUUUCUUGGAGUCCAGUUUUAGUGCUGCCAGGAUAUAUAUUUUUGGAUUGUGGGGGUUUGCUUUAAUGACAGGAUGAAAGGCUCACAAAACUCCAGGAUCACAUUAUAACUGAUCCUAGUGAGAUCUUCUGCCUCUCAUCUGCUGUUCUUCAAGACAACGGAAAGGAAGAGUGGGGUUAACUACUCUCUGUGUCAGACAAAAACUGGAAGUAGGAAGACACUCCCAUUUUGUGAAACGUAAGGAUGGAAACCUUAUGAAACUUGAUUCUGGAACUUCAGCUUCUGUUUUCACUCUUAAGCGUCAUGAGUUAUCAGUAAGAACCCUUUUUUUCCACAAGAAAUGUAGUAUUUCUUCAGUGGAAGGGUAAAGUUGACUGAGAAAGAUGGUAGAAGUUCAUAAAAUAUCCACAUAGAGGAAGGAAGUGAUGUAUUACUUAAAAUUCCACUGCUAAAUAAGCCAAAAACUUCGGAAGGCUGAAUUCAGCAUUAUCUCUUUUUGUCAUGAAACACGGCAAAGCUGGAUUCUUAAGCUGGAACUGUGCAAUGAGAAAUUGGUACUGUGACGAUGUUACUUGUUUAAAAAUUGUACCUUUGGAGGGGAAAAAAACAUUGAAAAACUCAUCAGAAUCAUUGUAACUGAUACCUAUGCAAACUGAAUGGGUUUACUUCUGGAAAUGUUCAGUUCAGGUAGCAUAGGCGUCCUGCGUAAAACUUGGGUCAAAAGGAUCCUGCAUACAAACAAUGCUGAGAAAAUGCAGAAGUUUUGUUUGGGGCCAGAACUGCAACUCCCCUGUUUCACAACCAAAAAGCAUCCAGAGAACAGAACUACUCCCCACAGGCUGGUGAUCAGCAGUGACUUAACUCAUCCCGCCUGCUGAGCCCUCGGGCAGGGGGAGUGACUCACGAGGAAGCCACUUUGAUUUGGAACAGUUGCAUCAUUUUUUCCAAUGGAGAGACAAGAUUGGUUUUGCAAGGAGGAAACAGAAUAAAUCAGAGCUUAAAAUGGAUGUAAAGGAGACAGUUACCUUUGAAUUUCUUAACUAAAGGCCCUUUCCCUCUAUGGUGGGGAAGAGAAACAAAAUCCCACACACGGCCUGUGCUGGUGCUGCAGUGAAGCUCAGCUGGUAUUUGGCUACCCUGUGUACAGAGCAGCUCAGUGCAACAGCUGGGGUCCAGCUGCACAGAGAGAUUUAACUGUAAGAAUUGUACAUACUGUGACUGUCUUUUUGUGUCCCACCCUCCAAAUGUUUGCCUCAGAUUUCAUGUAUUUUUCAAAAUACAAUUUGAUUACAAAUAAAAACCUGAAAUA